CACAAUCAACGUGUGUCUCUCUGUAUGUGCGAGUGUGUAAUUGUGUGAGUGUCGUGUUAUCAUAUAGUUUGCUAAUUGGCUCGCUCAGAGUGCUCAGCAAGAGAAGACACUCUCAGACACUCCACGACGACGUCGAAUUGACUGAGGAUGCCCAUCAUCAUGGAUAUGAAUAUGUGGUUGAUGCUUAGUCUGGCAUUCACUGUGCUGGCACUCGGUUUGGCCAGCUCAUCGCGCUUCAUUCAAACGCCGCAGAGCCAAGCCAUUGUUGAAUCCGAUGCUGCUGACUUUGGCUGCGAGGCCACAGGACCCUACGGCGACUUGCACUAUGAGUGGCUGCAUAAUGGUCAGCAAAUUGUAUAUGACAGGCGCGUCCUGCAAAUUGGCUCCAAUUUGCAUAUCGAGUCGGUGCAGCGCGAGGAUGCCGGCGAUUAUGUGUGCAUCGCAGCCAGCGCGGCCAGCGGAGCCAGGCAGGCGUCGCCACCAGCCAAAUUGAGCGUGAUAUAUCUGGAUGCGGUCAGCGUGCAGCUGCUGGGCAGCAAUCGGAACGAGCUGCUGCUCAAGUGUCAUGUGGAGAGCUCCUCUGGCGAUGAGCCGCUGGAGAUCGAAUGGUAUCGGGACAGCACCAAGCUGAGCAGCUGGCAGAACGUGGAGCUGCAGCAGCAUCGCCUGCUCGUCCGCCAGCCAAGCAGCGCCGAUGAUGGACUCUAUCGCUGUGUUGCCAACAAUCCGGCGGCUCGUGUGAUGAGCCGACAUGGUUAUGUGUAUCAGCAUUUGGCGAGUCUGACGCCCGUGCCACCCAAGUGUCUGCCCAAGCUGAAGAAGAACCAAAAGAUUCCCAAAUCCUGGGGCAAGCAAGUCUUUUUGUGUCGCGGCAAGCGUGGCGGCAGCAUCGCCGCAGGCAUGGACCAAUCACAGUCGCUGCCGGCAUCGCCCGAAGGGCUGCGUAUUGUACAGGGGCCCAAUGACAAGCUUAUCAUCAAGGAGGGCGAGCCGACAGCCCUUAGCUGCCUCUAUGAGCUACCUGCUGAGUUGCAGAAUCAGCGCAUUCAGCUGCGCUGGCGCAAAGAUGGCAAAAUCCUGCGACAUGUGGAACUUGGCGGCGCUAUAAUACCCGGCCUGACGCUGGACCACGGCAAGGAUGCAUUGGUCCGCGAAGACGGACGACUGGUGCUGCACAAACAGAAUGGCACCCUCAGCUUCAACAGCAUCAUUGCCAGCGAUGCGGGUCAGUAUAUGUGCCAAAUACAGCUGGAGGGACAUGCGGCAGUCAACUCGGCGCCCGGCACACUCGAGGUCAUUGAACAGCUGAAGUUUAUGCCGCAGCCAACAUCGAAGAAUCUGGAAUUGGGCGCUCUGGGCAAGCUGCACUGCAAAGCUCAGGGCACACCCACGCCGCAGGUGCAAUGGUUGCGGGAUGCGGCGAAUGACAGCCUGCCCGAACACGUGGAUGACAUCAAUGGCACUUUAAUCUUUAGGAAUGUGAGCGCCGAGCAUCGCGGCAACUAUACGUGCGUGGCCAGCAAUAGUCAGGGACAGAUUAAUGCCACCGUAUCCAUCAAUGUGGUUGUCGCGCCCAAGUUCAGUGUAGCGCCCGAGGGACCCAUAGAGACCAGCGAGCAAGGCGUGGCCGUCAUACACUGUCAGGCUAUAGGUGAUCCCAAGCCGACAAUACAAUGGGAUAAGGAUUUAAAGUAUCUAAGCGAGAAUAAUACGGAUCGGCAGCGCUUCAGCUUCCUGGAGAAUGGCACGCUCGAGAUACGCAAUGUCCAGGCCGAGGAUGAGGGCAAAUAUGGUUGCACCAUUGGCAACAGUGCCGGCCUCAAGCGUGAGGAGGUUCGACUGAUGGUGCGUAUCAGUGGCGAUGGUUUCAUUACGGAAGAAUCGACUGGGGAUGGUUUCCUGGUGACACGCGCUGUGCUCAUCACGAUGACCGUUGCCCUGGCGUACAUAGUGCUCGUGGUGGGCCUUAUGCUGUGGUGUCGCUAUCGCCGUCAGGCACGCAAGGCGCGCCUCAAUGAGCUCAGCAUCAAGGAGGCGGGCGGUGAUCAAGCGGAGUCCGGCAAGAGCACGGAACAGGAGCCCUGCCUCUCUAAGCAACGCAACGGACAUAACAAGUCUCGCGCAGCCAAUGGCGAUGCCCAGAAAUCCGAUGAUACCGCUUGCAGUCAGCAGUCCAAGGCAUCCAAGAAGUCUGCACAUAUCUAUGAGCAGCUGGCUCUGCCGCGCUCCGGCCUCAGUGAACUCAUACAAAUUGGACGCGGUGAGUUUGGCGAUGUGUUCGUAGGCAAACUGAAGGCCUCCCUGGUGGCAGUUGCGUCUCCCAGCGACAGGGAUGCUGAUACUGAGAAGCAGCACAGCAACAGCGAGAAUGGCAGCGGCGCCAGCGGUGCCAGCGGCAGCGGCAGCACCACCCUAAGCACUUUGAACGAGAAGCGACGCUCCAAAACAUCCAUGGACGAUAUUGAGGAAAUCAAAGAGGAGGAACAGCCACAGGAACAGGAACAGUCCGAGUCGACUGCCGAUCAGCUGGUGCUGGUCAAGGCACUAAACAAGGUCAAGGAUGAGCAGGCUUGUCAGGAGUUCCGCCGUCAGCUGGAUCUGCUGCGUGCCAUCUCGCACAAGGGCGUCGUUCGUCUGUUUGGCCUGUGCCGCGAAAAGGAUCCCCAUUACAUGGUGCUGGAGUACACGGACUGGGGUGAUCUCAAGCAGUUUUUAUUGGCCACAGCUGGCAAGGUUAAUACGGCCACAGCCACAUCCUCGCCGCCCCCACUAACCACCAGCCAGAUGCUUGCUGUGGCUUAUCAAAUCGCUCGCGGCAUGGAUGCAAUUUAUCGCGCUCGCUUCACCCACAGAGACCUGGCCACUCGCAAUUGCGUCAUCUCCAGUGAGUUUAUCGUUAAAGUCGCCUAUCCGGCCCUCUGCAAGGACAAGUACAGUCGCGAAUAUCAUAAGCAUCGGAAUACGCUGCUGCCCGUGCGCUGGCUGGCACCGGAAUGCAUACAGGAAGAUGAGUAUACCACCAAGAGUGACAUUUUCGCCUUUGCUGUGGUCGUCUGGGAGCUGUUCAAUCAGGCGACAAAGCUGCCGCACGAGGAGCUGACCAGCGAGCAGGUGGUGCAGCGUGCACUGGCCAAUACCCUGGAAUGGUCCGUGGCCGAGGGCACGCCCGAUUGCCUCAAGGAGAUUUUGCUCUCCUGCUGGCUGGCCAAUCCCAAAGAACGUCCAUCUUUCAGUCAGCUGGGAGCUGCGCUUAGCAAGGCCAUGCAGAGUGCCGACAAAUAGACGCGCCACACCGAUGACUGACAUAGUGUUGGUAAACGUUAAAAAAGGAAAUUUAUAUAAAACGGAAAAACAGUUUGCUAACUAUGCCAAAUAUAAUUUGUAGUAUUCUCCUAGUGCAUAAAGCGGCUUAAGUUAAGUUUGAUACAGCUCCGAAAUUUCGAGCGUAAGUUCUGCAUUGUACUGAAUUAAUUUCAUGUGCUAGGCGCAUGUACAACAUGCGUACUUAAUCGUAACUUAAGAUUAGUAUAUCUUUUAUUGUACAAACCAUAUAAGCAUUGAUAUCUUCUCAAAAGUAUUUACAUACGUGGUGCUGCAUAGAGCUCUCAAUGCAGCUAAAAUGUAUAUAAAAAAACUGCCACAAAAAUUUGCAUUUGAACCAGUUGAAGCAUUUAUAGCCGUAGACUUGGCAGCUCGAAAGAUGCCAAGAAAUAUUUUAAAGCUACCCUAAUCAAUAUCGGUAUUUGCUAGGCCUAAGUUCAAGUUUUAUGAAUUCAACAAUUUUCAGAAAAUAUUCAUAAAACAUAAUAUAAAGUCAUAUAUAUAUAACAAAUCAACAACAAUUAUUCAUAGAGGUUUUUUUAUUUUGGAAUUUUAC